CACCAACCAAAGACUACGCCCCGACUUUAGUCUAAAUCUAACGGUGGAGCUGUGUUAACGUAUUUUCCAAUAAACGUGAAAAAGUUAAUUACAGCUUAAAAAUUUUUUAUUUAAAAACGAACGAAAAAUUAUUUACGAAAAUAAAAAACGAAAUAAAAAUACGAUUACAUUUUAAGAGAAAUACAUUAAAAAACAAUGCGUUUUAAACUAUUUUUAGCCAGUUUACUGGCUUGUGGCUUCAUAGCCUACGUUAUUGCCAAUGAAAAUAUUUCUACCGAAACUGAAAGUAUUGCAGCAUCUGCUAAAACAAAUAAAGAUAAAAAUAUUAAACAACAACAGAAUUUCGAUACAGUGUUGAACAAAAAUGAGGCGGUGGAAAUGGUUGAGGUUAUACCAGAACCUAAACCCAAAACAAAGCCCAAUCCAGUCAAGACAUCAACCAACAAGGUCUUGGCAGCCAAAAACAAUUCGUCUUUGCAACGCUCUGGGGCAUUGCAAAUGUUUGAUGACUAUUUGGGUGAAUUGGGUUACGAAAUUACGGAUAAUGGUUAUAAUUGGAAUCCCAACAAUCGAGUUGCACCGCCCACUAUGCCCUCCCACUCGCUGUCAAAUGGUUACAACAUAAGCCCACAACGUUUGGCGGAAAUUCGCUCUUAUUUCAUGUACUGGUAUUUCGAUCAGGAUUUGUACGGUGGUCGGGGUGAUUAUCAAUUUGAUAUACAUGCAUCCACGACACAAAUACACAAGAAUCUUAAUUUUCAACUACCCUUCUUUGGUUUCCGUUUUAAUUAUACAAGGGUUUCUCUUAAUGGCUUUUUGGAAUUCUCCGAUCCACCUGAGUAUUUCACAUAUCCCUUGGUAUUUCCCGUCAAAGACUGGCCCAAGAAAAAUGAUCCUUCCUUUAUCGGCAUUUUCUUCUCCAAAUGUCGUGUUGGCCGCAUUUAUGCCACCGAUAUUGAUCAACGUACACCUGGUGUUUAUUUCCGUAUGGAACGUGAUCUGAUGACACGCACUGACAGAUUCGGUGUGGAAGUACGUGAACGUACCAUGUGGGAUAUACGUGAUGGUGUGGUUGGUGCUGAAACUUUUGUACCCAAACAUGUUGUUAUCACAACAUGGAAGAAUGUAUCAUUUGCUGGUGGUAUUGAUAAUUCCUUAUUUACGACUAACACAUUCCAAAUGGUUUUGGCCACCGAUGAAGUCUACACUUAUGCCAUUUUCAAUUAUGAUGUCAUUAACUGGUCUGCCCACACAGAAGCUGGUGGUGAUACCACCCAUGGUGAAGGCGGUGUUCCUGCAUUUAUUGGUUUUAAUGCUGGCAACGGUACACAAUCUUACGAAUACAAACCCUACAGUCAAAAUAUGGUGCUGCGUGAUUUAACAGGACGUGGUUGGGCCAACGGUUUUCCAGGACGACACAUUUUCCGCAUUGAUGAAAGAAUUCUAAUUGGCUCGUGUAACAAAGAUAUUGAUGCUUCUCAUUUACCUUUGACCUUUGCACCAGAGUCUGGCAAUAUGCUGGGUGGUACGGUGGUAAAUAUUACGGGUCCCUGUUUUGAUUCCAAUAUACGUGUUAUGUGUCAUUUCGAUACAGAGGAUGUGUUGGGCAAGUAUGUGGAUAAGAAUCGUGUUAUCUGUGUACAACCAUUCCUCAAGGCAGAAGGCUAUAUACGUUUUGAAAUAUCUGUGGGUAAUGAACGUUUCAAAUGGCGUGGCAAAUAUUUUGUAGAAACACCAGAAGCAGCUACUGAGAAAAUUUUCUUUGAGACCGACGAUGUUCAUAAGAAGGCACCCAAGGAAAUAGGCAUUAAUUGGAAUGCUUUCAAUUUAACCUCAAACUUAAAUGCCAAUAUAAUGAUAUCUUUGUGGGGUUAUCGUGAAACUACCAUUCAUCCCCAACUGGAGUAUAUUGAUGUUAUUGAAGCCGGCAUCACCAAUAAAGGCAAAUAUAUCAUUUCGCCACAAAAUUAUAUCAACCGCAAUAACAUUAACAAUGAUCUGCAGUUUGGUUUCCUGCAAAUUAAUUUGACCAAUCCACAGGAGUAUAACGAUUUACAAAUCAGUCCAAUUUUAUGGUCGAAACCCAUACCACUGGCUUGGUAUUUCAAACCACAAUGGGAGCGUAAAUUUGGUUAUAAAUGGCCCAGAGCAUUGUGCGAUAAUUGGAUACGUACCGAUAGAUAUCUAAGAAAUUUUGCUGCUGACCUACCUUUGUGUCCUUGUACCAUGGAACAGGCCAUUUAUGACAAGGGUCGUUUUAGGCCAGAUCGUGAAUGUGACAAAGAUUCUAAUCCAACCUGUUUGCGUCAUAAGGGUGCCAUUCAUUGUGUUGUUAGUGGUACACCAACUGCCCAGGGAGCUGAACAACAAUGCUGCUAUGAUCGUUAUGGUUUUCUUAUGUUAACUUACGAUCAAAUGUGGGGCUCUCGUCCGCGUCGUAUUCACAACUUGGGUAAAAUGCCUUGGAAUGAAGCCAGUAAAGUGCCCACUCUGUCCACAUGGUUUCACGAUAUGCGUCCCUUCUACACCUGUUGCAUGUGGCAGCAAGAACAGGCUGUCGGCUGUGAAACCUAUCGUUUCGAACGUCGUCCCUCUCAAGAUUGUGUAGCCUAUCAGGCUCCUGGUGUAGCUGGUGUCUUUGGUGAUCCACAUUUCAUAACAUUCGAUGGUACCCAGUAUACAUUCAAUGGCUUAGGAGAAUUUGUAUUGUCACGCAGUGUAGAUGCCGAUCAACGUUUUGAAGUUCAAGGACGUUUUGAGCAAAUGCCCAACAAUAUGUAUGGCGCUGUUCCCGCCACUCAACUGACAGCAUUGGCUAUGCGUGGUAAUACCACCACCAAAAUUGAAGUACGCAUACGUCCUCAACAUGCUCGCUGGCGUUAUAGAAUGGAUGUGUUGGCUGAUGGACGUCGUGUGUAUUUCGAUCGUGAAAGUUUGAAAUUCCAGCAUUUUGAUGGUGUUACUGUCUACACUCCCACUUACUUGUUGAAUCAGUCUCAGGUUAUCGUCAUGUUUGAUUCUGGUAUUGGUGUGGAAGUCAUUGAAAAUGAGGGCUAUAUGACAGGAAGAGUUUAUUUGCCCUGGCAGUUUAUAAACAAAACCGCUGGCCUGUUUGGCAAUUGGAGUUUUAAUCCCCUGGACGAUUUCACCUUACCCAAUGGUCAAGUACUAACCUUAAAUCCCAAUACCAAAGAUUUUAAAACGAUUCAUGACCAGUGGGCCAUGAAAUGGGCUUUAGCUGAUCGUGACUUACCCGGUUUGGGUGCUGCUCUCUUUACGCGAGAAUUUGGUCGCACUGCCAGUUAUUAUGCGAAUGCUUCAUUUGUGCCAAAUUACCAACGAGAACCGGUAGAUUUCCUGCCAUCCAAUCGUUCGUAUGACGUAGAGCGAGCUCAAGAGUUGUGCGGUGAAAGUUAUCAGUGUCGCUAUGAUUAUGGCAUGACGUUGAAUCGUGAUUUGGCUCAUUUCACCAAGAAUUACUAUGAUAGUUUGGUUAAUAUAAGAACAAUGAAUACAGAACGUGUGGUGUCCUGUGGAGUACUAGAAACGCCACGUUUCGGUCGUAAAUUAUCAUUCAAUUUUAUGCCUGGCGCCAAAGUGUCCUUUGAGUGUAAUGAAGGUUUCGUUUUGAUAGGCGAUCAAAGACGUGAAUGUUUAUCGAAUGGUUUAUGGAAUUUGCCCGAAUAUGGUUAUACCGAAUGUUUACGUGAGGUUUACUAUACCAGACGUGUAGCUUUUAUAGCAAUUGGCAUUAUCAUAGCUGUCAUCUUACCACUGAUGUUGUGCAUCAUUUGCGGUGUGUAUCGCUAUCGCCAGAAGCAGCUGAAGGAGGAUCCUCAAUGGCAGAUGUCUAUGCCGCGUUCGAGAGCCUCGUCACGUAACAAUUUACGAACUUUGGGUACCGGUUUGGACGAUGAUAGCGAUACGGAAAAUACGGGAACUUUAAAGAAAAGUAGGUCAUAUGAUAAAGUAUAUCGAACGAAUGAACCACUACCGGGAAAACCCCGUAUUGACUUUCCAGCUAAAAAAUGGGAUCUGGAUGACGAGGAUGUGACAUCAUCAGAAGGUAGUGAAAAUAAAGAUACAAAAUUAGCUAAGGAUAUUGAAUACAUUAAUAAAACAGGUGAGAAACCCAAACAAAUGGGAAGACGUUCGCUGCGUGCUGCCUCUGGAACGGAUUUGGAUAAAAUGGGGGCCGGUACACCGAUAGAUGAGCAUGACGAUCCUGAACAUGAACACGAAGAACACGAUGGUGUGGGUAAUGUACAUCCAGUGGGCUAUCAUCAACCUCCCUCACCGGAAGUCGAUGAUCAUGAUAUACAUGGUGUGCCAAUGGCUCAAACCCAGCCUAACCGGCCAUACAGUCCUACAUUUAGUGGUGCUGAUAGUCGUAAUAGUGGUGAGGAUUCAAUGAGUUAUCUACCCAAUGCCCCUGGUCAGACUCGUUAUGGCGGUGUCCCUGUGCUGCCCAAUGCCAACAGUCAAUUCUUUAGCCGCCCUCCUUCAUCCAUGCCAGCGCCCCCCACCCCCAUACGUCCGGCACCUAUUGUAGGUUCGCCUUUAUUGCAGGAUAAUGGUUUGCCUUCACCACCUCAUGCCGCCUCACCUACGCCAUCCAAUCAAAAAUCCACAGAAGUCUAAAUUCUAACGUAUCUAAUCAAACCAUACAUUAACCAUGUUCUAACAUAAUGCCACAUCUUAAUUAGCCAGCAAUUGGUUCAUGGGCUCUCAUAACGCAAAGUAAUAUACCACCAAAAAAAUAAUACGCCUUUCAGCAAAAACAAGCUAAAAAGUUCAAAUUUUAAUCAACAUCAUAACAUGUAUUUUAAUGUCUUUUUUUACCAUUAAAUUCUAAGUCAGCUAGCAGGUCGGUUUUGAACGAUUAAAAUUUCUAAACCAUCAUCUAAACAUAAUCAUAAGUGUUGUAACUAAGCAUUUGUUUGAUUUUUUACCCAUUAAGCCAUGACAUCCAUCAAAUUAGACAAUAGAAUCCAAUAAUCCGCCCAACACUAAACUUCCUUACUAAACAACCAACGAACCAUAACAUUUGCCUUAAUGAAAAUAUAACUUUAUAUUUUAAUAUCUUUUUCCAUUUUUUGUAACCUUUUUGCCUCUAACACCAAAUAUCUGUAUCUAUCUAUUAUAUAUGUUUUUAUUAUUUUUUUUUUGCUUUAAUAUGUUCAAUACAAUUUAUGUAAAUAUAUUGAUUUUAUUUUUCUUGUAUUAAUAAAAUUAACAAUUUAAUUCAUUGGCUGGGUAAUAUACAAAAUAUUUGUUUUUUUUUUUAUAAUUUAACUUAUUAAUGUUUUUGACUUGCCUGAAAAAACAAAUCAUAAUUCUUGUUUUCUAUUUAAAACAAAUUAAUUUAAUAAUAAAAAUAUUACGUUUUUUUAAUUAAAAUUGAAA